AUGGACAAGCAGUUAUUCGAAAUGGGCCUAUUUCCAGCAUCUUUUACUCACCCAAAGACUGUGUUCACUUUUGCAUUGCUAGACAAUUUUAUUCGGGGCAACCUGGAGUGCAGAAUGGGUAUGAACUAUUACAGCAAACUCAGGCAAAUCACAUCCAACAUGUUCCCUCAUUUAGUGCCAGACCAGUAUGGGGAGUUAUUGAGAGUUGCCAGACAGUGGCACCAGCUAAAGCUAUUAAAGUGGAACAGAUUCAGCCACAAGCAGAGAGACCUGAAUGAUGGUGAGCUGGCUUUGUUCUGCCUAGCAUGUUUGCAGCCAGGAAUCAAUGUCACUUUGUCCAAUGAAUACAACACUACCUCAAAGUGGCUAUACUCCCAUUCCCUCAUGAUGGAUGGAAAUUUCAAAGAUGAGCAUCUACACCCAACCAACCUGGAAGAUGAAGUGUGGUUAAUAGAGGAAAAAGGCUUUAUGGUGGUGAGGGUCAGAUACUAG